AUGAGAAAAGCUAAAACACGAACAGGCAUGGGCCCUCUCCCAUCCAUUUACUUUUCAGAGGCUUUCCCUCUGUCUUAUCGUGAGAUUGGCUCAGCAUUCACGAUCUGCGUCAACAAUGCGGUUGGUAGUGCCCUCACAUUAACCUUCCCCGAGCUUUUACACAGGAUUGGGCCGACUGGGGCAUUCUGCUUCUAUGCCGGUCUCAACCUGCUCGCUUUCGUCGUCAUCUUCUUCCUCAUUCCAGAGACAAAGUGGGUCCAUCUUCAUAUCGGUCAGAAAGCCAGAAGCAACUACUCACUCUUGGUACCAGGCAACGGACACUUGAAGAGCUUGACUAUAUCUUUGGAGUCCCCACACGUCGCCAUGCUGCAUAUCAGGUCCGUACAUGGUUACCUUGGUUUAAAUGAAGACUUCGCCAAGAUUAAGUGUCAUUCUUGGAAAAACCAUGAUCCUCAGGGCCGCCAGAGCCGUGUGCGGUUUGUUGGCGUAGAUGUCACGGAAUGCAGUUGCCUCCAUAACCUGAUCAUCAAGGCGGUUCUCUCCCCGAACGAGCCCGUCUUUGUGAAUUUUGGAGUGGCUUUUCCACAUGUGCUGUCCAACGACGCGAAUGAAAACCAGUACAGCCGGUUAUUCGGGGCCGAAAAUACCAUGUACUCACGGAAUGUGUAUUCCGGAGCAACCCACUCGUUGACGGGAGGCUUUCGCUCCGCCUGGGUUGGGCGUGAAAUCAUCCGGAGUAGCAAAAAACCGUCACCAGGCCAGCAAUUGCGGAUAUCUGCAUUAAGUCCGGCAACGAGACGAAGAACGGAGAUCACCAGUUUAGACUCUAGGCUCUCAUCUCUGACACAGAAAACUUGGAAAAAGAGACCUCAGCAACAAAUGCAAGUAAUAAAUCAACUAGGUUUUUGUCACGUUAUUGAUGUUCUUUAUCAAGCAGACCUUGAUCGCCUUGAGCGAUUCCGAAGUUCACUGGUACUUGCCGCUCUGGUGAUUCAUUCAAAAUGGAAUGAGGUUGGUGGCCGGCAGCUUCAAGAAGGCGGUUCAAAUGCUCCCAGAGAUAAUGCAGUGGUGGACAAUCAACAGACACUAAAUGGAGUUGAAACUUGGUUCUAUAAAAAGACGUAUGAGUACGAAUGUGGACUUGGGCCGGGCUCGGCUUCAGAUUGUCCGAGAAAGUGGCUCAUCAGGCUAGAUAAGCGUCUCACGCCCGCUGAGUGCUAG